AAAAAAAAAAGCACCAUGGCGUGUGAGCCCACUCGUGUCCGGCUGCUCUGCAUGCUCUCGCUGACUUUCGGGUUCUUCGUGGUGGAGGUGGUGGUCAGCCGGAUGACCUCGUCCCUGUCGAUGCUGUCGGACUCCUUCCACAUGCUGUCGGACGUGAUCGCGCUGGUCGUGGCUCUGGUGGCGGUGCGGUUCGCCGAGAAGACCCAUGCGACCAACAAGAACACCUUCGGCUGGAUCCGGGCGGAGGUGAUGGGGGCUCUGGUGAACGCCGUCUUCCUCACGGCGCUGUGCUUCACCAUCGUGCUGGAGGCGGUGGAGCGCUUCACCGAGCCCCAUGAGAUCGAGAGCCCGCAGGUGGUGGCCGGGGUCGGGGCCGCGGGGCUCCUGAUCAACCUGCUCGGGCUGUGCUUGUUCCACGGGCACGCCGGCGGAGGCCACGGACACUCCCACGGAGGUCACUCUCACGGCGGGAAGAACAAGAGGGGCAAAGCCGGCAAGUGCCAGAAGGCUGGGAACGGGUCUUCAGGAGAGGAGACCAACAACCUGGUGGCGAAUCACAACAGCCCCGGUGAUGUGAGGCCGAGAAAUGAAAUCAGCUGUAAAGACGGCACAGAGGUGCAGAUGAACGGCAACACCCACUACGAGGAGAUGGACCAAGACCACGACUCGUCGGCGCAGCUCAACAUGCGCGGGGUCUUCCUGCACGUGCUGGGCGACGCCCUGGGCUCCGUCAUCGUGGUCGUCAACUCUCUAAUAUUCACCUUCGUGUGGCAGCCCUGCGUCGCCGGCGAGAUGUGCGUCAACCCGUGUGUCAACAGCCACAGCACCGACCACCAGCACGUCAACCACACGCUGGUCGACCUCCUGGAAGGGCCCACUAUGUUGUCCACGAAGUUCGCCGGCCCCUGCUGGGUUCUCUACCUGGACCCCACGCUCUGCAUCAUCAUGGUGGGCAUUCUGCUGUACACCACCUACCCGCUGCUCAAAGAGUCGGCCCUCAUCCUGCUGCAGACCGUGCCCAAGCAGAUCAACAUGCACCGGCUCAACGAGCGGCUGCUGGGUCUGGAAGGCGUCCUGGCCAUCCACGAGCUGCACAUCUGGCAGCUGGCCGGCAGCCGCAUCAUCGCCACAGCGCACAUCAAGUGCCACGACCCCACGUCUUACAUGGAGGUGGCCAAGCGCAUCAAGGACUUCUUCCACGACGAGGGCAUCCACGCCACCACCAUCCAGCCCGAGUUCGUCACGUUCAGCUCGGAGUCUCGGGAUUCCCUCUGUGAGCUCUCCUGUCGGACUCAGUGCGCUCCCAAGCUGUGCUGCGGCUCCGCGGACAAACAGAACUCUGAUAAAAAGGCCAACAGUGACUGUAAGGCGGCGGCGUCCUCGGCCCUGGAGGUUAUCAGCGAGACCCCGGAGCACGCCGCGGCCCUUCAGGUGUGCCCUCAGACGGGGGCCGAGGUUUCCAUCCCGAGGGAGGUGGAGUCGUCUCUGUGAGACGGCGGGGGAUAGAGAGAAAAAGAGGAGAUGUUGAGAGGAAGAAACCACCACAUCAGGCUAAAAUCAGUGUCGUUAUCCUGACCCAUGGUUCUUUCCCGGCCCUGACGAGAAAAUAAUUUUCCUUUUUAACCUUUUUAUUCUCUGUCAUCGCCUCCUGUUGUGGCUGUAAAAUCCCCCCUUAAAACACUGUUCAUACAUCUGAGCCGGUUCUUUUCAUCUUCCCUCUCUCUCUCUCUCUCUGUACACUUAUUUCCAUUCCCUCCCCCUCUCUCCCGGCCUCUCCUCUUCCUCUCGGCCCCUCUCUUGUUGUCUGUUGCCCUGGCAGUAUGGUGGUGAUGCAUGUUGGGGUUCACUGACCUUAUCUCCUCCAGAACUGGAGCGAGGCCUGCAUGAGUGUCCCUCAUUAGCACCUUGUUGUGAUGCGUCAUCUCGUCCCAUGGUGUUUCUGUGCCAAAGCUUCUCACUGCAGGACUGAAGGGAUCUGAGAGACGCCCUCUCCUCCAAAAGGACACACUCAACACAUGCAAGUCAGAGCACACAUCACUAGGUUAUUUUAUUUAGCCUAUGGACCUUGUUUGUUUUUUUGCGCAGGCUUUGAGCAGAUCUAUUUUCUUACCCUCUGGCCCUAAACGGAAGAGUAUUGUAUUGCAUACUAAUUUAAGUAUUUAAGUUAUUAGAAAUUAUCUAUUUCUCUCUGUAGAUGCUGUUUGUAAUAUUUAGUUUGGAUUAUAGAAACAUUUUUGCAAUUUUUUUCUGUCUUGAAUUUUUUUGGACAGACCAUCUAUGCUGUAGUCAGUUUUUUUUUUUUUUUCAAAUGUGAUGUUUUAUAAUGAUUCUGUUUCUCAAGACUUUUCUCUGGCCUUGACUCAGUUGUAAUUGCAGUCAUUAGUUGGAUACAGAAGCCGUAUCAACACCUCUCUCACCUUGCCUUUUAAAUACAAACAAACUGCUGUGGUAUAGCACUCGGUAUGGUAGACACAGUGUAACGGAAAGUCUCGCAAAUGGCACAGUCACCUAAUUAAAUGUUCAUUCACAAAUUUGAUGCCUUGCAAGCCAGAGGGUUGGGUCUGUUGUGAAGAAAUGAGCACUGUACGCCAUUCUGAAUAAUGAAACACUAUUCUCUGUACUGAAUCUGUGCUGGAAAGCUUUCUGACGAUGGCUGUCGAUUUUAGUUUUAAAAAAGAAAAAGAGAAAUCCUCAUGAAUGUGUUCGGCACAGUGUCACAAUCCAUGCUGAGGGAGUUUUUGUAUUUCCAGGACGUUCUACUAUGUGUGCAUGACCAAACGGAGACCUGGUGGUCGACUCUGUAGGAGCUCCACUAAGAGCUCCAGUUGCUGCUUACCAGUACCUGCUGGUAUCCCCCAACAUUACUCAUAACUGUGUAGGGAAUGACUCAUCUUAUAGCUUUUCUGUCCUCUGAUUUGGACAGCUGAGUAGGCUGUUUUUGCUGAAUUGAAGUCCAUAUGGUGGCCUUUGAAAUUUCACCAGAUAACAUUAAAAGGUGAUCCAUCAAUGCGUUUUAGAUUUCCACUCCUGAUUAAAUGUGUAUGCAAUAUAGAACUAUGUGCUGGGAAAUGUAUUUUGACGCGUUCCUUCAUUUGUAAUGUUCGGUCACUUUUAUUCUGUGUCUUUUAAGACUUGAGCUCUAUGUGCAAAUUGAAAACAAGUGUUGUUGUUUUUUUAAUUUUAGAUAUGACAUGUCAACUGACGUGUUUUUGAUAUACUAUAUAUCUACAGUACCUGUCCAAUGUGUCAUUGUGAAAUAAAAAAAUGGCUGUUUGGUACAGUUGAUGAA